AUGUGGAGAAUAGCCCUGGCUAGACAAAAUCUUGUAAAAUGUACUCGGGUUUCUCGAGCUUCUCAGUCAUUCGUGAGAUACAAACAUCAAAUUCCUGUCACAAAGCAAAUACAGGAACUUAAAGAGCAAGACAAAGUCGACCCUUUGUUUUUAGAAAACAAUAUCACUCCUAUUGAGAGACUUGUUGAUUUACCUCUUAUUCAAAUUGGUGACUAUGUAGAGGCUUUUACUAAUGGACAGUACAGUGGUAUGGUCGUGGGUCAAAAACGAUCUAGUGGUGGUCUGCAGCAAUUGACAGUCUUGCUCCGAAAUGGCAAAUUGUUUGAAGUGCGUAGUAGUAAUGUUGCAUUCUGUCUCAAAGAUUUUGCCAAAUCACAGCAAGUUGCUCAAACUGUUGUUGAUUCCUUCAGCCCUCAAGAUAUAGAUGCCAAUGGCGUGUUGCAAAAUAUCUCACCUGCUUAUAAUCGAGCCAUUCAGCAUUAUCAACGCACUUUAAAAUUGAACAAAGGUCUUGCACAUCAAGGCCUUGAGCAGCUUCACAAGCAUUUUAUCCAUCCAGACAAAGAAACACAAGUCUCAUUAGACGAACUUGCUGCUCAUGCAUUCAAGACAAAGCAGCCCAGUACACUUCAACGCCAUGUCACAUUCUUACACUUGGCGUCAGACAACAUUCAUUUUGUGCCUACGUUGGACGUCAGAGGCUCAAAUACAUGGAUACUUCGCUCUCAAAAAAAAUCAAACAAAAUCGCUCAAGUGAUUGAAUCCAUUCGUACUCGAGACAGUCUCUAUACUGGCUUUUUGGAGCGUGUCAAGCCUCUUGUUGAAUUUUACAAUCAUCAUGCAGAUCCUGUCUUGGGCACCUUUUCACCAACAGCUUUAGAGAUGAUGCCUAAGGUGGCACAAGAAUUGAAAGAAUCAGACAAAAUGUUUAUCAAUUUUGUAGUUGACUGGGUAAAGUCCCCCAAAGUCAUCCUUGCUUCUCCUUAUGAAGUGUUUGUGCCAAGUAUUCUGAAAGCACUGAAAUGCUAUGACGAUUUGUUCUUUGAUCGAUCACUGGCUGCUCGCUUCCUUAAAGAAGUCGGCAUGUUUAAGCCUUGGGAUAACAUUGGGUUGUUAGAACAAGCACCCAUUGCAGGCGAAUUCUUUUGGACAAAAGAAUCAGAAGAAAAUGAACUUAAAAUGGAAAGUUAUGCCAAUGCAUUUUUGAAUUCGCCUGAUAGUCAAGAUGAUUAUGCACGUAUUCGACAUGAUUUCGGUGAUUUGCCCGUCUAUACAAUCGAUGAUCCUUCUGCUAAAGAAAUUGACGAUGGCGUAUCCAUUGAACACAUACCUCAAGAUAACUCUGCUUGGUUACAUGUACAUAUUGCAGACCCUACUACGUUUAUUUCGCCCACACAUGAAUUGUCUCAACUGAUGCUUCAAAAAGUACAAACAUUAUACUUACCAGAACAACAUUUCCCUAUGCUUUCUGAGGAAUUGUCAUCCAAGAAGUUUAGUUUAGGUUCAACAGCCUAUACAAACAACCAAGGAUCACAAUACGCAUUCACAUUCAGUACACGCAUUGACCAAAACGGCAAUUUAUUGGAUUACAAGGUACGACCUAGUCUUAUCAAAAAUGUAACCAAAGUCUACUAUGACGAUUUAGAUAGACUACUUGAGCCUAUGGCGAACAAAAUGCAUGAUCCACUUGUUGACCUCACGAAAUCUUUUUCUCAUCCAUCCAAUGACGCCUUUGCCCUUCAAGACCAACAGAAAUCAGAACGUCCAUCCACUGUACCCACCCAUGCUGAACAAGACUUAUUGAAUAUCUUCCGCAUGGCCAACAGACAUGCUGCUCAACGUAUCAGAAAUGGUGCUGUCUUCUUUAGUAGAGCAAGCCCUGUCAUUAGCAUCAUGCCUGAACGUCUUGAUUUGCCUUCGUUUAAUUUUUCAAAACCCAGUUAUGCUUCCAGCUUACCUGCCGUUCGACUUGGAUUAGACAAGUCAGGAUACUCAUCUGCUCGCCAAAUGGUUGCUGAAACCAUGAUCAUGGGUGGCCGUAUCGCCAGUAAAUUUGCACAAGAGAAUGGUGUUGUGAUUCCUUUCCGUACUCAAGCCUGGAACCCAAAUGCUUCUACAAGUGAUAUUCAACUGAGAGAAGAAUUGCUCGCCAGUCGUGAUCCUGUGACGGUAACAACCGAAGCUGGAUUACCACAUGCUAUCAUGGGGAUUCAAGACGGUUACACCCGUGCUACUUCACCUCUUCGUCGUUACUUGGAUAUGGUUGUCCAUUGGCAAUUAAAAUCACAUCUCAUGGGUCAAGCGCCCGUGUUCUCAGCAGAUCAACUUAAGGCAUUAAGCACUCGCAUUCUGACACGCGAGAAACAAUUGUCGCUGCUUCAACAGCGCAGUAUUCAAUUCUGGACGAUUCAUUUGUUAGAUCGUAUGCGGGCUGAUGGAUUCACACAACAGAUGGAAUGGACUUGUAUAAUCAAUAUGCCAUCCCGCGUCUCUUUUACAGAGCUGGGCGGUGCUAUUGAUGUUGCCACAGGCACUGUUUUAGAAUUAGGCAUUCGAGGACGCAUUGAAAAACUGAAUAGAAAUCUAGAAGUAGGCGAUGUGGUCAAGGUUCGAGUUUCUAGCUUGGAUACUUUAUUAGGUAGAUUGAAUUUAGAAUUAAUUUAA